AUGCGGACCUUUGUCUUCAUCAGCGGCAUCCCAGACUUCCUGCUGGAGCCAAUCGUCAAAGGUGAUAAGAGCAGCAAUGGCGUCGCCACCACUAAGUCCGCUGCGGUGACCUCGAAGUUCGACCUUCGCUAUGAGCGCCUGCGCCGCCUGCUAGUGGAGCACUCGUCUGGAGUGAUGCUUGUCAUGCAUCUCGAGUCGAAGGGAUACGCACUGGCACUGUACGCUUCCGAGAGGGAGGCAUUGGCCGCAUGUAAGGCGGAUAUUACCCCUGAACAGCCGGGGCGCAAGUACCCGCCGCUGCGCCUGCGCAUCAUAGAAAAGGAGAAGCCAUGCCCACCGGAGCCCGUCUACAACCCGUACCUGAUAGUGGAAGGCGAGGAGGUGCGCAAGGAAGAGCUCGCCGAUACCCGUGGCCUGGAGCUUGUGUAUCGCGGCCGCGCGGUGGCCAAGUGGUGUGCGCGAACGCUGGCAGGCGAGGAUUGUUACUUCGGGGUUUCAUGCUUGAAGUUGCACAAGAACGCGACGCAGAGGACGGUUCGCAAGCGACCACGCGUCGAGGACGUCGACGUCAGCGCUCAUCUGACAAGCGAGCAGCAGGCAACCGUGCGGCAUCUGCUCUCCUCCGUGGAGGCCUCGAGGGCAGCCUUAACACCGGUUCCCAUGAUCAUGAAAAACUGCACGUACGUGCCAGUAUCGGCGGAGGAGAUGGAGAUGCUGAACCGACUCGCGUGCGAAGCGCCGUCUUGCACUUCUUUGCCAGCGUUUGAGUCACUGGAGGCUCAUCCCACCUACCAGACCCUUCUUCAGCGCAUCGACGAUGCCCUUCAGUCACAGCGGGCUGCUACUGUUGUCACCGCAGGUGGCGAAUCAACGGCGUUCUUUCCGCGACUGGGCUGUCCUGGUGGGGCGCCGUGGGACUGGAGUGUCGAGUCCGAGGAAGGCCGGCGGCUUCUCCGUCAGCGGUGCCCACUCCCAGCGAACGGUGCACCCACGCCGCUGGAGCGCGAUUUGUACACGCAGCGCCUGUGGUAUCACAUGAAUCAGCUGAACAGGUGCCACAGCGCGCGUGACGUAGUGCGGAUGUUGUGCGGCAGUCGCCGCGUGCGAGAGGCACUGCGUCGGUGUAGUGAGGCGAUCAACGAUGCUUCGGUGCCGUCGCCGUCGGGCACUCGUGCCGACGACAAGGCGCAAACAAACGUGUCGCCGUCGUCGUCCACCACGAAGGCUUCGGGGCUGACCAUUUGUCUGCAGCCGUGGCUGUACCUCCCCACAGUGGGUUGUGAGGUGACAGCGUAUCUUGAGCGCGGCGGGCGCCGGAUUCGCGGCGUUGUGCAGCGCUACGGACAGGUGCGUCUCAUGACCUCGGCCACGCUCUUGGCUUCGGCGUUUGCCGUGGUGGGAGACGCCGCCGACCCAGAUGCAUUACUCGCUCGGUACGCCGUCCUCGAGUCGGCGACCGACGCAGCCGCCGAGGAGGAUCUUACCAGGGAGCUGCGGGUGUUCCAGCGUAGCUUUGCCAGCGCCGUGGGCGAUGUUGCCCUCCAUCUGCAGACACACUCCAACAGCGUCGGUGGUGACGGGGCCGCGUGGUGCGUGCAUCUGGCCGUGGUGCUGACGCCCAACUCAGUUCCAACAGCAGGGCGGCUUCCAUCCGUCGCACUGCUCUCCGCCAGCCCCUAUCAGCGUGCCCUCGAGGAGUGCUCCAUGUACUCGUCUUUGGCGCCGCCGAGCAGAGGGGCCGAUCCGACCGCCUCGACGGAGACGCGGCCCACGAACGUGGACGUGGCGUGGAACACACAGCGGCACCCGUACAUCCCGCUCUUCAGCCGCGAUCUCUUGGAGAAGCUGCGCGCGGGCCCAGUGGGAAAAGGGUGA